CCAACGUCAAUGAUGAAGCAUCACCAAAGGCCCUCCACUCCAGAGGCUUACCUUUGCUCCUGGCACGCCAAAGACGUAGCGGACCCCAGCAUUGUACAAGCUGUUCACGAUGACUUGGGCGACAGUGUCUUCGGCCAUUAUGGUCUUCUUCCUGUCAGAAUCUGUAGAAUGUGAGAAUGAUCAUCGUGGAGACAUUGUUGUUAGAACAAUGAAUGGUCUUUUCCGAUUCCUUCAAGGAGAGAAUACCUUAUGAAGUGCAUCCGGAUGACGUAAUCAUGAACACAUCCGAAGGUAGCCGGCACUCACCGUCAUUCAUACCGGACCGUCAAGCCAUCGAACACUUCAAUCUUUGUCAGUCUGUUUGUCGCCUUUGAGUAGUUCAGAGAUUGUUCAAAGGAACAACAUCUCAUCCGCUUGGAGACUCGCCAAAAGACAGCUUUGUAGCAGCAAACGACACUGCCGGAACACCUCUCCACGAAGCUACCACAAAGAUGGCCGUUAACGAGCUGUACCAGUACAGCCUCGUGAACGCCCUAAUGAGCGGCGUCUCCGAGUCCGGCAUCACCGCCAAACAACUGAUCGAAAAGGGAAACAUCGGCCUAGGCACAUUCGUCAAAAUGCAAGGAGAACUGCUCCUCCUCGACGGCAAGGUCUACCAACUCCUAGCCGGAGGCAAGAUCAGAAUAGCAGACGAUACCGACCAGAUCCCAUACGCUGUCUGUACCCGUUUCAAACCUCAGAGUACCGAGACCCUCACUCUCGAGAACAAAGACUCAGUCGAUACCGUCCUGGAGAAAUUCAAUGACCACGCCAGCAACUUGUUCAUGGCAUACCGCAUUGAAGGACGUUUUCGCUAUCUCAAGUGCCGUACCGUCAAGGGUCAAGAAUACGACGGCCAACCACUCUCGGAGCUGGGAAAGAAGCAAUUCGUUGCAGAGUAUGACAACAUCGAAGGAACUAUCGUCGGAUUUCGCUCGCCCUCUGCAUGGCAAGGCUUCUUCGUGGCAGGCGAACACAUGCAUUUCAUCGAUAAAGAUCUGAAGGUUGGGGGCCAUGUUCUGGACAUUGCGGACGGCGAAGUCUCGAUGGGAGUGGCGACUAUCCACCAGAUACACUUUGAGUUGCCGACGAGCGAGAAGUUCAAUUCAGCGAAGAUGUCCACGGAUGAUGUUGGGCUGAAGUCGGUCGAAGGUUGAUCAGGGCUUGACCAAGCGCGACCGAGACACGUUUGGCAUUCCUAUUCUGCGUCGAUGAGUCUGGUACAAAUGCAGGACGUGUUCCAGGACCGCUUUACAAUGUCACCGUGGCGUGCUUGUGCUCGAUGCGGUUUCUCAAUCUUUGUCGCCCACAAAACAAUUUUCAAUUCUCCCUUUG